AGCGUCCCGCCAAGCUAAUGUUCAACCCUUCUCAGUUGUGAGAAGACGUUACUGCCCAGCUCUUGUGCCAAGUAAGUCCACUCCGGGCUCACCAUAGCUUGUGCUACUUGGAACUUUUGGUUCCGAGGAGCUGGAUCUAAAACAACAACAAAGCGAGAAGAAGCCGCAAGGAAAGAGGAUUAAGCAGUGGUUGAGAAAGGAUGGAGGAGACAACUAUUAAACUUGCAACACCUAUCAGUACCUGGUUACCUGGUAACACUGGAUCAGUACCCCGCAGCCAGUACUCGUCCGAGGUCGUCGUCCUGACAUCUAUCUGCAAUUUCUUUACGUGUUUUAUAGGAACUUUCGGGAAUGUGAUGGUGAUGGUGGUGAUGUUGAGCUCCAAGAAGCUCCGCAGCAACCACAACACGGCCUUCAUGGUCAACCUGGCGCUCUGCCUCAUCCCUAUAUGUUGCUACACCUUACCCUUGAUGGUCGCUAAAUUCUUCGAAGGUGCAGAGUACGGCGACGGCCUCACAGAAAAGACCAUGUGGAUCGUCUACAAUUGUCUUGUGAUUCUUCAUCAGGUCCACAUUCUCAGCAUUUGUAUCGUGGCUGUUAACAGGGUGGUGGCGCUGAGGUCCCCAGUGGUCUUCAGGAGGAUGCUGAGGUCAUCUGUAGUGGCUCUGCAGCUGGUGCUGAUCUGGGUCCUCUCCGUCAUCUUCUGGCUCCCUCUGAGUUUCAUCGAAAUUAGGUUCGCCGCAUAUACUGUGACUUUCGACAUCACGAACAAGAUUUUGCGGAAGUUCCACGUUCUAAUAACUUACUUCAUACCUCUAAUUGCCACCAUCAUCUGUUACGUCUUCAUCUACGUGAAGCUGCGCCAGAGAAGGACAGGCAUGAGUGAACUGCAGACUAGAGAAGGGAACAUGGCAUCUGCCUCAGGCGAGGGGACUCUCUCAGCAAGCGAGGCCGCCACAGCUGAGACUGUGGGAUCCUGUCGCAGAUGGGAAGAAGAAGCCUCCAGGAGCGUCUUCAUCAUCUCUAUCAUCUUAGUUGUGUGCAGUUUGCCACACGCCAUCAUCCACUUCGUCUGUGAUUGUGUUAAUUCAGUCUACUGUGAUCAACAAUUCUAUGGUUGUCUAGACGCCUGGCUCCUCAUUCACACUCUACAAUGGCUCCAAUUCUGCCUGGACCCGAUAGUGUUUGUUGUGGUUAGCGCGGAGUACCGCAAGGCCGUUCUUCAGUGCCUCCGGCGUUUGUCCCGAACUCUCACCUUCCGCAGUGACCAAAUGAGACACCAGUAACCCAACUGGUUCAUAAAUACCCAGCCAAAUGAGGCGAAUUUACUCUCCUACCUCAUUCGUCUACGGUAAGAACUAGGGUAAGGACCGGUCCAUGGAUGCAUUCACUCCUCGACACUUAUGACCCUUGAACUAUGAGAGGUCAAACUCAACCUUGCGGGGCAACUAUCCUGAACAAGAUACAGAUAUAAGACACAAUUAGGCGGUUGAAACCAACCAACACCCAGACGAAGAGGAAAGAUAUUGUUUUGCCUUUAUCAAGUCGCAACUAGGAUGAGAGGGGACAGUACUAGGAUGAGAGGGACAGAACUAGGAUGAGAGGGACAGAACUAGGAUGAGAGGGACAGAACUAGGAUGAGAGGGACAGAACUAGGAUGAGAGGGACAGAACUAGGAUGAGAGGGACAGAACUAGGAUGAGAGGGACAGAACUAGGAUGAGAGGGACAGAACUAGGAUGAGAGGGACAGAACUAGGAUGAGAGGGACAGAACUAGGAGGAGAGGGGACAGAACUAGGAUGAGAGGGACAGAACUAGGAGGAGAGGGGACAGAACUAGGAUGAGAGGGACAGAACUAGGAUGAGAGGGACAGAACUAGGAGGAGAGGGGACAGAACUAGGAUGAGAGGGACAGAACUAGGAUGAGAGGAACAGAACUAGGAGGAGAGGGACUGAACUAGUAUGAGAGGGACAGAACUAGUAUGAGAGGGACAGAACUAGGAUGAGAGGGACAGAACUAGGAGGAGAGGGGAAAGAACUAGGAUGAGAGGGACAAAGCUAGGAUGAGAGGGGACAGAACUAGGAUGAGAGGGGACAGAACUAGGAUGAGAGGGGACAGAACUAGGAGGAGAGGGGACAGAACUAGGAUGAGAGGGGACAGAACUAGGAGGAGAGGGGACAGAACUAGGAUGAGAGGGACAGAACUAGUAUGAGAGGGACAGAACUAGGAUGAGAGGGACAGAACUAGUAUGAGAGGGACAGAACUAGGAGGAGAGGGGAAAGAACUAGGAUGAGAGGG